AUGGCCUUUGCCUCAGCCCUUCAGCACGCACUGAGCCUGCAGAGAGACACCGAGGGACACCACACGGGAUCUGGAGAUGAAAAUAGCAAACAGCCGCUGAAAGCUAGAAUUGCAGAAAUACCAUGCCCUAAUGGGAUAAAUGCCCUAAUUAGGCUGGCUUUAGCUAUCGGAGCGAUGGUACCAGCGAGCACGCUGGACACAAGCAGAAACAAAUGGUUUGGAAGCGGCCCCGAGACAACCAGCGGCUGUGUGCACUCAGCUGAGAUAAACGAGCCCCUGCAGAGGCCAAACAGAGGCUCAUGGCUGCAGGGGAGAGGAGCCCCCACGGUGGAGUCGGCCGGUUCCCAAAAUAUGACCAGGGGUGCUGGGACGUGUUGGCAGCAAGAAGAUGACGACGGCUUCCAAAUCUGGCUAGAGCCCCCCCGCGACAACCAAAAGCCAUUCACCGACUCCGAGAGGGCGCAGAGAUGGCGACUGUCCUUGGCAUCCCUCUUGUUCUUAACCAUCCUCCUCUCUGAUCACCUGUGGUUCUGCGCCGAGGCCAAACUGGCCCGGACCCGGGUCAAGUUCGCAUCCUCCCACCUUCUCUCACCCCAGACCCACUCAGCACACAGCAGCCUCAGAGGAAACCCAGAUGCUAUUUUUAUAGGAAACUCUACCAAACAUUUGUGGCGGCUUGAAACUUGCCACCAGGAUAGUUUAUCUAAAAACUGCUUUACUUUCGCAGAUGCCGACAAUUUGUGCGGGGGCCUUUCCGACAAAGAGGGGACGCGGGCUGUAAAUAUGAGCGAUUUGUACCUUUCCUUUUGUAACUCCUACUCUCUGCUGGAUUUGUUUUACGGGUCGACAAGUCCGGACAAUUUAAACUGCAGCCUCGACGUGCUCGGCGAUGGCGACACAACCAGAUGCAGCCUGUGCGUCCAGGCGUACCAGCGCUAUGACCAGCACGCCCAGGAGAAGUACGAGGACUUUGAGCUCCUGACUCAGAAAUAUGAGCCGGGGGCAUAUUCAGUGAGGACGUGCAUGGAGCAGUGCAAGACGGCAUAUAAGCCCUGGCUGUGCGCUCAGUAUUUCCCCACCACCCAGCUGUCCUGUCAGAGGAAGGUACCGUGCCACCAGUACUGCCUGGAAGUCCAGCAGAGCUGUCCGUUCAUCCUGCCCGAUAACGACGACCUGAUCCACGGCGGCAGCCCCAGCUUCAUCUGCACAGGGAUCUUGGCAGAUCAUCUAUCAGACAGUGAGGCGGAGUGCUGCGAUGUCCGAUGGGACUCCAAAAUGGACAACCCUUCAGGCGGGACACUAAAAAGGACUGCUUCUUCCUGCCAGCCCGAGGGGGCCUCGGUCACCUCUGCUGCCACCCCGAGACUGUGCAGCGGGCGACUGAAGAUCUGCCUGCUGGCCCUCGUCCUCCUACACACUGUCAUCAUCAUUUCAGCCUCCCAUAAUUCUACGUUGGUUGGCGUGGCUGCCAUUUUCUCGCCAGAGGAGAGUGCUUCUAAUGAGGAGUGAACUUUGGGGUUGAAUUUGGUGCUUGAAAAGUGUGAUGUCGCUCGAGAGGAUUAUGGCUUUUACAAUGUCAUGGCUGCCAGGGACACAUCUGGCGAGACAUGCUGGAGAUGCCUCUACAAUCUGCCCGCUGAUGAACCAUCAACCACAGGAAGUGGGAGGGUUUUAACUGGAGCUGAGGGUGCUGGGAUUGGACAUCGGCCGAACGGAGAUGUUUGAGAACCGACCCCGUAAAGAACUGACCUCUUGCCACUUGAAACCUGCUCAUUGUUUCUAAUCCAUC